CAAAACACUCAGGAAGCCGUCGUGCGGGGCCGGGAAGCAGCUCCCACGCAGAGUCACGGACCCCCACCUCCGAGGGUCCCCGCAGUCCCGUCAGUGACGCGGGCGAAGCAGCCACGCCGUGGGAGGCGGGGAGGACGACGGAGCCUCCCACUCGCCGUGACCCGGACCCCGCCCCACGAGUGGGUUCCUCGCAGGGUCCCCUCUGCGGCACACGGGGACCAGCUACCCCACGGGGGACCGGGCAGGAGCGCGCGCCCGGAUCUGCAGUCGAGGGGAGCAGUGGGGACCGGACCCCACCCGCGGGGUGGGGACCCCCGCGCUGGCCCACGCGGCGUCGCAGCAGUCGCGGAGCCCCCGGUGCCACCCGAGGCCGAGACAAAGCCAGGGCGCACGGACCCCGGACCCGGACCCCGGACCCCGCUGGGAGCCGCCACGCCCGGGACACAGACCCCUACCCGGUCCGGAGACCCCGCCGCCCGCUGCGCCGUCUCACCUCAGGCCGCCGCCGCCUCGCAGGGCUCCCUCCUCGCCGCGGCGCCUGGGCCGAAUGGAGCGCGGCGGAGCAGCCGACAGAGCCGCGGCCGCCUCAACAAUGGAGCCCCGGGGCGGGGCCGCAGCCUCAGCCUCAGCCCGUGUUCCUCGCUCGGGCUCCGGAUCGGCCGGCGGAGCUGCUGCCGGCUAGAGGUUUCGGCCGGUACGGACACCGCGCAGGCGCACACGGCCCCGCCCGCCGCUUGCCGCCCCGCCCCCAGCGGAGCCGGGCGCCCAGGGCCCGCCCCCCAGCCAAUAGGAAGAGAGCUGCCCGGAGAGGGCGGGGCCUGGGGGAAACAAAGGAAGGCUGGGCGGGGCGGCGCUGGGGCUGGGCUUGCGGGGUCCCGCGGGAGGGCAGGUCCCAGAGCUGGCCAGAUCCUCGCCUCCUAGAAGGCCCAGCUCAUCGUCCACUUGGUGCUGGCUCAGCAGGACUCUCUCAUCUCAAGCCCAGAGCUCAGGAUUUUUGGGCAGAGAGCAAGAGACAGGCUUGCUUUACAGAAAGGGAAACUGAGGCACUAGGAACAGGAUUGCCUGCCGCCCGAAGUCCCAUCCACUGUUCAUCUUUUAGUCAUUACACAAACAUUUGGAAGCGUUAGGAGUAAAGUAGGGCCGGGAGUGGUGGCUCACGCUUGUAAUGCCAGCACUUUCGGAGGCCAAGGCAAGUGGAUCACUUGAGGUCAGGAGUUCGAGACCAGCCUGGCCAAGAUGGUGAACCCUGUCUCUACUAAAAAUACAAAAACUUAGCCGAGCGUGGUGGUGCGUGCCUGUAGUCCCAGCUACUCACUAUUCGGGAGGCUGAUGCAGGAGAAUCACUGGAACCCGGGAGGCGGAGAUUGCAGUGAGCAGAGAUCAUGCACUGCAUGCACUCCAGCCUGGGGGACAGAGUGAGACUCUUGUCUCCAAAAAAAAAAAAGGAGUGAAGCAGAACCAAACUGGGGCCCUCCUUGAAGGAGCUCAGCCAAGGAGGAUCUGAGAUGUCAGUGUGUCUCUUUAACGCCUAAUAAACGGGGCAGGAGCCAGAGCUAAUCACUUCCCUUUCCUGCCUCACAGCUUUUGUGUGUUUGCUGUUCCCCACCUGCAAUGCCAAGUACCAAUGGUAUUCAUUUAUUUCUAGAAAUUCUCCCUAUGUUGCUUAGGCUAGUCUCAAACUCCUGGCCUCAAGCUAUCCUCUUGCCUCAGCCUCCCAAAGUGCUGGGAUUACAGGCAGGAACCAUUGUCCUGAGCCCUGAUCAUCUUUAAAACCUCUUUUCUCAUCUUAUUUGAGCUUCCUGCAUCAUGUGACCCCACAUACUCAGUUUUUCUCUCCCUCCAUAGCUGCCCCUCUGUGGAUCUCAGGGACCCACCCCCUUCUCUCCCCAACCUGUACAUGUCUUGGCUCAGGCCAAAUGCCCUCCCAUUUGCAAUGGGCACUGCUACAGGAAAUCUCAUACCCUUCUGGCCUCCACGAACCAUCCACAUGCUCUGCUGUCUGCCCGAGACGUCCAUCCAGGUCAGAUGCCCAGCCCUGACCACUCCCAAAGCCCCAGUUGGACACCAGGAGACAUCUCAAAUUUUCUGCGCGUCAAAACAGAGUGCUUUAUCAGCGCCCCACCCUGCUCAUCCACAUUCUUGCAAUUCUUAGUAAACAGCCCCUCCAUUCACCCAGUUGCUCAGGCGAAAAUCUCAAAUCCUCCUCCCGUCCUUCUUCCCACACCCCUCACUCCCAGCGCUAGCUGAGGUGCUGUCUGAGUGGCUGCCUCCCACUCAGCAUGAAGUGUGACCCCUCGCCCAAGAAGUGUGACCUUUUGCCUGGGCGGUGGCUCAGGCUGUAAUCCCAGACUUUGGGAGGCUGAGGCUGACAGAUCGCUCCAGGCCGGCAGUCUGAGACGAGCCUGACCAGUAUGGUGAAACUAAAAGACAACAAUUAGCCAGUGGAGUGUGCCUGUAAUCCCAGACACCCAGGAGGCUGAGGCAACAGAAUUGCUUGAACCUGGGAGGCGGAGGUUGCAGUGAGCCUAGGUCCUGCCACUGCACUUUAGCCUGGGCAACAGAGAGACUCUGUCUCAAGUUUAAAAAUAAAAUAAAUGAAUGAAGUGUGACCUCUCUAAGGCAAGGCAGUAUCCCACUCUGAUUGACUUCUGUGUGCAGAACAGAACCUGCGUCCUUAAGGUACUCACUCAGGGAUGCUGCUGGGAUGGUGGAAGCACAGGGAAGAUGUCGAUGGUGACUGGGGCAGACCCCAUCCCCUUCUCCCUUCCCACGCACACCUGCACACUCACUCACACGCACACUUGCACCCACCACUGAAAAAGCCUGGCCUCUGAUCUGAUUUCCCUAACAAGCUCCCCCAUGAACAUCAGCUGCUUUCCUGCCUCUCCCCAGCUAGGGCCCCACUGUGUUCUGUGAUGUACUCAGGGAUCAGGAGAACAAAGCCUCAGGGGGGGAAAGGACAGUUAUUCCCGGAUGCAGGCCUCUGCGUCCCCCCAUGUCUUCACCCCUGCCUGACACACCCUCAGCCCUGUACUUGGCCAGCUCCUACCAACGCUUAAAGUCUUGACAAGUUCAGUGGUGGCAGCCACACCCUAAAGGGACUGACCCCUCCCAUACCCUUGACCGAUGACCUCUGCCCUUGCAUAAUCUUCCUGACCUUGGGUACAAGCAGAACUGGUUUCUAACCCUAGAGCCUGGCAAAAGCAAUGGGAUGUCACUUUCAAGGGCACAUCACCUUCACAGACUAGAGAGAGGGGUUCCACCUGCAAGCUCUGCGGGAGCAAGACACCUUUGGAGGGGUCCUGUAGGCAA